UACGUUGCCGUGUCGUCCAGUUCCAAUUGUUUUUCCGCGUUGUUCUCCUUACACUGGUCAUGUUGCGGAGCAAGUAAAAGAACAAGUCAAUCAUCCGGAUUUUCCUGGCGGGUGCAACUGUUCUCUUGUUUUUCGUCUUUUUUCAGUUGAGUGUAGAGGACGGUCUGAGGUGGUUCUUUGAACCAGAGCAAACAUGAGUCGUCAACGGAUUCGUGAAACGCAUUCUUGUGAGAUUCUUGGACCCCCGGAAUGCUGUGUGGACUCUCCCGACACCAGCACUGCAGUAGCCACGAACAUUGAAAUUCAGGAUCCUAGAGCGAAAGCUCAGUCCACUCUCGAUCUCGCGCUUGACGACAACGUCCAGGCGGCUGCCACUGAAUACAUUUGCACGGUUCCAUUAGCCAAAACUGGAGAGGAAUAUGGGUUCGACUCAGGCGUCUGCCCCUCAACAGCGGAAACUGACUUCCAACAGCAGAAUCGAGGAGAGAAGAAGGAACCGGCAACGGUAGAUGCGAGUGACACGUGGCUCUCACCGAGCAACACAGGAGAAGUUGAAAGUUCAGAUCCACGGACAGGCGUGAUCGACAACGAUGAUUCUCCACAACCACCCAUUACCUCGCAGAACAUUGUACCACAAAGCAGCCGCGUGACGUCGUUUGAUCCGCAUUGCCUUCCUCACAGUUCCUGCCAUCUCCAGGAGGCGGAGGCACCUGUCUCAGAGCUAAUACAGAGCCGCAGACUGGACCCUGUGUACUUGCAAUCGUAUUCAUUCAACCAAGACAAUACAUGUUUUGUGUGCGCCACGUCUGUGGGCUUUCGCGUCUUCACGUGCGCUCCUCUGUCCGAGUUUAUGCGCCGCGAGGUGCCGGCGUGGGGUGAAGGAUGUUAUGAGGUGGCAGGCAUGCUCUUCAGAACUAACGUAUUCGCUCUAGUUAGUCAAGCAGACCCCAAAAAAGUCAAACUCUGGGACGAUCAAAAACGGUUGUUCAUAGGAGAGGUCCGGGCACGUCAAGCAGUGAAAAACAUAUGUUUGGGUCGGGAGAUUCUGGCCGUCGUGACUGAAUAUUCGAUCUAUAUCUAUCAGAGCGAGCAAAUGCGACCAUUCAACAUCAUCCACACGGGGGCGAAUCCACGUGGUCUCUGCAUCAUUGCUGCAGGCCGGGAACGAGAUCAUUGGAUUGUCGGGUGUCCAGCUAUCGCCGCAGGCGCUGUUAGAAUACAGACAUCGGAGGGGGAACGAAAAAGCCAUGUUUUCCAAGCGCAUCAGAGUGCCCUGGCAGCCCUGUCGUUUAAUGCUCAAGGAACUUGGAUCGCAACUGCGAGCGAGACAGGAACAGUAAUCCGUGUCUUCGCGACACUGACUGGUCAGCUGCUUCACGAACUGCGUCGAGGAACGCAUAGUUACGCUAUCAGUUGCAUCGCACUGCGUGCCGACGGCCUCUUCCUCGCUGUCGCGUCAUCGUCUCCCACUGUCCAUAUUUUCAAAUUGGACCACUGUGGCGAUGUUGAGACCCGUCUAGCAAGGACAAAGUCGGGUACCGCGGAACAUCUUCAAGCAGCUUGUACCUUUGAGGAGAGCAUGAAUGUCUCGCGUCGUUCUCACGCGACUUCUCCGGACUCAUCUGUAGACGUGCAUUCAGGAACCACAUUUGGGCAGAAUACCUUGGGCACUGGCAGUGCGCUUUGGAGUGCUUCUGAGGGAGAUAGUUACCGGGCUGGUUCUAGUGGGGUACCUCUUCAACAGGCACUUUCCGUUGGAAAGGAGCUCACAGCAGUUGUAUACGAUGCGUCCAAAGAGAUAGUGCACGAUGCCAUCAAGGGUGUGCUUCCGCGUUAUUUCAGUGCAGUCCGAAGCUUCGCGCAGUUCCAUGUGCCAACCGAUCAACAAUCAAUUGACGUCAGAGCCCGCCCUUCGAGAAUUGUUGGACCCCUUUGCGCAUUUGCUGGAGAACGGUCGAAUCACUUGUAUUUGCUCCAUCCUAAUGGAGUCUUCUAUGAAUUCAGGUUUGAUCCUAAUUAUGGCGACGAGUGCACGCUUCUGACGGCAACAACUUGGUUCGCUCCGAGAGCAGAUUUCCAGAUUCAGUCCCGUUUCGAAUCAGCUUCGCUUCCAUCCGAGCUGGAAGGGGGCCACGAGGGUGACGAUUGGCAAAUCGUCAUGUGA